CUCAAUUCAGUAAAUAUCAUUUAUCAUGUAGACAAUGUUAAUAAAAGCCACUUACUAAUGUAUUGGGAUUGUCAAUUUUGCCUCCUUUGCUGGCUUGAUUUUUCUAUCGAACACACUGCUUGUUUCCAGAGGUUACAACCACCCUGCAAUUCAGCAGUGGUGGCCGUGCUUGCACACCAAAGGAAAAAGGCCUCUCUGGUGACCUGGAUUGUGGCAGGGCACAUAGGUAUGCACACAGAGCGUCUCCCGUCCCGACACCUCAUAUCUGUGCUGCAGCAGUGACCUUAACGCCUGGAUAUGAACAGUGUAUAAUACAUUGGAGAAAUCAAUCAAGCCAGCAAAGGAGGCAAUAUGGACAACCACAUUACAUUAGUAAGUGCCUUGUAUUUAAACUCCUUUAAAUGGUGAAUAUUCCUCCAAUCAUCCAUUCAACAGAUAUUCAUCCAUCAACCUACUUCUAUAUAAUGUGUAUGGCCAUCUCCAAGCUUCUCCCUUCUGUUUUUUUAGUUUUAGCAGUUAUAUAUUCUGUUAGUAUAAAGAGUGCACUUCACUUGUAUCCCCAUGGUACUAUAAUAGAGAUGAAAAAUGUUGGAUUGCCAUUAGAGACUCACAGUAUAAUAUACUGGAUUUAUACUGAUUGUCUAGAAGUGAUUCUAGGGCACGAAUAGUUUAUGAGGGCAUCAUCUCCUUAAAAUCCUCCUGAGUUAAUAGCUGUGUUUAAAGUAAGUCGUUGAUCUGCUCUGGUUGCAUGUAGGACACCUAGAUGGAGGUGGGGCCUCCCAGGGGUUUAAGGAUAUUAGCCGUCUACCUAAUGCCACUUGCAGACCAGGUUGCCAGAACAAGAAUGGAACAACAACAAAAGAGGAUUGGAUCGUUACAGAGGGAGGUGACAUUAGAAAUGCAGCAAAUCAGAUUUUAAAAUCCUUUGAAUGUCAUUCAUCAACUAAGAAGGACAACUGAAGCAUUGGAAGACCAAGAGGCAGUCAAAUUAUUACCUUCUCUGAAUUCCUCAGAUAAAAUGAAGCUUCUCGUACUUUCUGUGCUACUUUAUGCUUUCCUGGUCAGAAAUUGUUUGGGAGAAUAUUCUCUUCCAAAAUUUGUUUGUACCCCAAUGCCUUUAGAUAUGGACUGCCAGCCAAACAUGCAGCGUCAUAGUGCAGGUAGUGGAGGGCACUGGGUUGGCAUGCAAGAAGAAGCAAAGGAAACCAUUCUACAUCUCCGUGAGACAGUUGUUCACCAGAAGGAAACAAUACUAGAUCAGAGGGAGACAAUCAGAGAGCUAAAUGUGAAACUUAGUCGUUGUGAAGGUUAUCCUCAUAGUAGAGGACAUGAAGAAGGCUAUGGUCAUUCUUCUGAGCAUGGAAAAGAAAGAGAACAUGGGCAUGAGGAACCUUUUGGACAUGAGAGUGCACAUGGGCAUGAAAGCACACAUGGACAUGAAAGUGGACAUGGACAUGAAAGAGAACAUGGUCCCAAAAGGGAACAUGGUCAUGAGUUGGAAGAGGGGCAUGAAAGAGAACAUGGGCAUGAGAGAGAACAUGGACCCAAAAGAGAACAUGGCCAUGAAUGGGAACAAAGGCAUGAGCGGGAGAAUGGCCAUGAACGAGAACAUGGCCAUGAAUGGGAAGAGAGGCAUGAGCGGGAGAAUGGCCAUGAACGAGAACAUGGCCAUGACAGAGAAUAUCCUCACAGUUAUGAUGAUGUACAUGGACAUAUAAGAGAUCAUGAAUAUCAUCAUCUCACCAACCGGGAAUACCGGGAACAGCCAGCACAUGACUCACAUUACCGCAAACCAAGUGCUCCACCAAACACAAUGGAAGACCCCCCAGAGGUGACUUCACCUAGUGCUCUUCAAAUGGAAAGAAUGCUUGAAUCACUGAAGGACAGACUGGAACAUUUACAGAGAAACAGAAACUCCAGUCUCUUUUCCACAUCUUUAAGAGACACCCUCCAAAAGAAGAUCAGUAUCUUGGAACAUCAGCUCCAUGAAAAGCGUAACACAUCAGAGCACCAUGAUAAAGACCAUGAUCAGGAGCAUGAAGACCAUGGUAGACACAAGAUGGACAGUGCACUACAUGGGAAUGGUAAAGGACAUACAGCAGACAAGAAGUCUAAUGAUUUCAGAGUCAGUUUCCCUCUCAGAACAAGUUAUAUGUAUGCCAAGGUGAAACGGACGCUUCACCACGAGAUCUUUGCAUUCACCAUCUGCUUAUGGUUGAAGUCCAAUUCAUCCCCUGGCGUGGGCACACCUUUUUCCUAUUCUGUUCCAGGCCAGGCCAAUGAAGUGGUGCUAAUUGAGUGGGGAAACAACCCCAUGGAAUUGCUUAUUAAUGACAAGGCUGCAACUCUACCACUGGCCAUCAAUGAUGCUAAGUGGCACCAUGUUUGCGUUACCUGGUCUUCCAGGGAUGGAUUAUGGGAGUCAUACCUGGAUGGUGUAAGACGUGGAAAUGGUGAAAACUUGGCACCUUGGCACCCAAUAAAACCGGGUGGAGUAUUUAUUUUGGGACAAGAACAGGAUACCUUGGGAGGAAGGUUUGAUGCCACACAAGCCUUUGUGGGAGAAAUUUCCGACUUUAACAUGUGGAGCCACAUCUUAACACCUAGUGAGAUUUACAAGCUGGCAACCUGUGCCGUCUAUUCCACUGGCGACGUCAUAGAGUGGAUGGAGUCAUCCAUGGAGCUCCACGGUGGUGUUACCAAACUCCCUUUCAACUCUUGUCAUUGACAUGAGGAGUCCCUCCACAUGCAGCAUGCUCUGAUAGGGAACCCAGGCAUGGAAUGGGUUCCCAGUACCCCAAAGACUAAUGUUUCAAAUGGAGUAGAAACCAUUAUGCAUCACUGUUAUUCCCACACAUUGAUGACAUUGUUUUCUUCCGUAUUGCUUUUUGGUCACAAUCUAUUGUCUUUGUAAUAGUGUGUUGUAUUUUGUAGAUGUAAUGUGGUUUGCAUACUCGAGCAGCUAGCAUACAGGUGUAUUUUUCUACUGCAUGCCUAAUCCUGCAAACUAUUACUGAAAGCUCUCACAUAGUGUUAGAGAAAAUAAACCUGCCAGGUACUCUGCAUGUAUGGAAAUAUCCUUUAGGUCUCUCUUCACGCAAAGAAUUCUGAAAAGGUCUGAAGCACCAGUCAUCAUUUGGUAGACACUGCUUUGCAUUCAGUGGAACAGAAUUCAGUACACAGAAGGUACUUGUCUAGAAAACUUUGUGGCGUGUUCUCAAGGGAUGCCUAUCUGGUAUAAAGAUAGGAAAUUGUGUGAAGAUGACUUGAGGUCCCUUUACAUUGGUCAAUAUUACAGCAGAUAGUCGGGAAGGAACGACAAUCUGAUCGCUGGUGGAGGAGACCUUUGCGUUUACAUGCAGUCAUCCCCACCAGAGUAUGGGGGAGAAGCGAUCGCUAUUGCCUUCGCUCUUCCCCAUACUGACUCGUUUGCCGGCAGGAGAUCGUGUUUACACAGUACAAUCUGCUGCUUGUAAAUGAUCAUUUUUGGGUGUACAUACACUACAUGCAGAAUUAUUAGGCAAAUGAGUAUUUUGACCACAUCAUCCUCUUUAUGCAUGUUGUCUUACUCCAAGCUGUAUAGGCUCGAAAGCCUACUACCA